UAUUUACAUAAAAUUAAUAAAACUCAUUAUUUUAAAAAUGCUGUCGAAAAGUUCUAAAUUUUAAAUUUCUAUCUUCUGUAUUAUUGUAUAAUUCUUUUGUUUCAUUCUCAUUUCCCUUCAUAUUAAACUAUCAUGGAAAUAAUUUAUUGAUUACAUAAAAAAAAAUUAUUGCUUAAAUUCACUCAUUUAACAUUUUCUAAUUAUAAAUUUGAAAGUACCAUAUAAUUUUAAACAUGAAUUCGCAAGAACAACCAAAGAAAUGCUAUUGCGCUAGAUGUUUCAUGCAGAUAGAGCCUGAAGAUAAAGUGGACAUCGAAGGUCAAAACUUUCAUAGGCUUUGCAGUACGUGUUGUAUUUGCCGAACUAUCCCUACCUCCAUUAAAAUGUUUUACGGCCAUGUGUUUUGUAACGAAUGCUUCAAAACUCAUGUCCUGACGAAAUUUAGGGGGGAGAGUCCACGAAUCCACUCGAAUAGCUGGUGGAUGCAGUGGGCACCUGGUACAAAACCUCAUGAAGCUAAAGAGAGUACUGAUGAUAAGGAUGCAGAAAUGAAAUCGCACAACGAUGCAGAGAGCCAGCCCCGAAAAUGCAUCUGCGCACGAUGCUUGCAAGCUGUGGACGAAAAUAACAAAAUGGAUGUCGGUGGGCAGACCUUUCAUCCACAAUGCGCAAAAUGCUACUUUUGUCAAACAAUACCAACAGAAAACCUAAAAAUCUAUUACGGACAAGUAUUUUGCGAACAAUGCUUCCACCGACACGUAUUGAGCCGCAAUAAGGACAAUCCAUCUGAGUUUUUUAGAACAUGCUUCGAACAGUGGCAAAACAAUAGCCAGUUUUCUGAAAAUAUGAGAGAAUUUAUGACUGGAAGGGGAGAGGCUGCGCCUUUUAUCUUUAUGAUGCAUGGAUCACAGUCUCCGUUCUAUAGGUGCGGGUCUGGACCACAAGACUGGUUUCUACCUAAUGAACCUAGAAAAUCUGCUACACCGGCCACCGUAUCUGUUGGAGAUGAUUCUUUCGACACCUGGGACCUGUCUUUUGAGAAUCGCACCGAAGUGUCCGACUUUCCUGAGACGAACACCAUCAUCGAAAAUUCGGCUUACCAUGAACAUUUGAUUGUGGCUGCAGCGGAAAAAAUCGAAAAGCUGACAAAAUACCUACAUGAAAAACCUGUUGAUAAUAAUCAUCAAAAAAGCACGAAAAAAUGGAAAAAUUACAUCGAAUGCGACAAAAAUUCAUUGACGUCGGAUUGUGAUCAGUCUUAUAAUGGAUGGGUCAAUUUGGCUGACCCAAAAAAGUACAAGACUAAUUUGGAUUGUCCUAAGUGUCUGUGGCAGUGUGGUCCUAUUUAUGUAAACAGUAAAUAUUUGCGAAAAGAUUAUUGCGAAGAAAAUUGCUCUUUCGAAUAAAAUGUAUAGUGUCAUUCAA